GGCUCCCAGCACGCACCGUGCGAGCGGGUCGGGACUACAUCUCCCAUCAGGCACUGCGCCGGAUUAGCCGCGGGGUUGGCUAGAAACCGGCGACUUCCUGUCCGCGUUGAACGCUGGGAGUUGUAGUCUUGGGGGCGGGGCGCGGCAGCAGCAGCAAGGCAGACGGGCCACGGAAGCGGGCGGCGGGCCGGGCAGGAUGGACAAGCUCAAGCGGGUUCUGAACGGGCAGGACGCGGAGGAGCAGGGCGGCCUGAGCGAGAUAGUUGAUACAACUUCAUUAAGCUGGGGCACGAGAGUGAAAGGCUUCAUCGCUUGUUUUGCCCUAGGAGUUCUGAGUUCUGUCCUGGGUACUUGCCUGCUAUGGGUGCCAAGGAAAGGACUAGUUCUCUUUGCAGUAUUUUACACUCUGGGGAAUAUUGCAUCCCUUGGAAGCACUUUUUUCCUUAUGGGACCUAUGAGACAAUUGAAAAGAAUGUUUGAGCCUACUCGUUUGAUAGCUACUAUUGUUAUGCUAUUGUGUCUUAUUCUAACAUUGUGUUCUGCUUUCUGGUGGCGCAACAAGGGGCUUGCUCUCAUCUUCUGCAUUUUGCAAUUUUUUGCCUUGGCAUGGUACAGCAUUUCUUUCAUACCGUUUGCAAGGGAUGCUGUGAAGAAAUGCUUUACUGUUUGUCUGUCAUAACAGGUAUAUGUGCUGUUUUGUGACACUCUAGGAAGUACAGUGGAAUUACGCUAACCGUUUUGUAUGUACCUUCCUACUUGUGUCUUAAAUAUAUGCCUUACAGCUUGUAGUGGGAGGCUUGUAUUAAAAUCCAGCAUAUGUGGUUACUCGUAAACAAUGAUAGUCAGGAUAAUGAAGUGGUGCUUUCUGUAACAUUUAGCCCAGCUGGACUGACAUCUAGAAUUCAGUUUUUUUUGUUUUAGAUAAAUUACACAAAUCAUGCAGAGUGAAACAAAAAUAACAUUUAAAGAGACGCUGUUAGCCUAAAAAUAAUAGAGUAGAUCCUCCACUGGUGUAAAACAGCACAGCUCGUUUGUCUUCAAUGGAAUUAUGUCAGUUUACACCAGCUGAGGAUCUGUUGCAUAGUAAGACACCAAGCCUGUACUUUCUGACCUCCUCCUAGCUUUGAAAUAACUUUUAAAGCCCUAAUGUCUCACCAUUUAGAUUUGUUUAAUUUUUUCACUGGACAAUGAAACUCUCCUGAUCCAUUCUUACUUCCUGGCUUUCUUGCAAGAGCUCAGUGCUGCAUGGUGGGGUUUAUAACCCUACCAGGGAAGGUUUCGGUCUAAAUGGGAAAACUGUUUUGGCUGAAUAUUUUUGAAAGUUUCAUUUCUUUACCCAACUACUAACGUUUGGGUUUAAACUACUGACAGUGUCUCUGUAAAAUAAUAACUCAAAAAGAGCAUUGAUCACCACGGGAAAAGUGCUAGGAAUUCAGUGCAACCAAGGUAAAUUAAUAGGCCCUUUACCUGCUACGGACCUGAUUUCUGCAACUUGCCUGCAGCAGCUAGCAGCAUCGCAGGGCAGGAAUCUGCAUUUCUCACAUCAGGUUAGGUGCCCAUCCUGUUCCCAGCUCUAGUAUGGGAGAAACCAGAACUCAGGACUUGGUAGCAAAGCAAAGGAAAAACUGAGCUUCAAUUAGUUUUCUGGGCACAGAUUCUAUCAGAGAUUCUUUCUAAAUGGUCAAUGUGUCUUACUUUAAAGUAGGAAAGCAUUUCUAUACACCCUUUAAAAUAAAAAAUCCUCUACAGAGGGUGGCAGAAUUAGUGUUCAAAAAGGAAGAGACACUAUUCUUCUGACUUACCGCUCUCAUCGGUUCAUAACAUUUCUCACUUCUCUGCACAGAGGUGAGAGAUCGUUAAAUCCCCCUGCGGUUCAAAUAUCACUCUGUGGACCAGAAGAAAUGCACAAGCAUAUGAUCUUUAAGUGUCUAUAUUCUGAGAAGAGUGAUAGUAAGCUGUACUUGCUAUUGCUAAGGAAAUGUAUGCAGGAUUAAGCUGCCAACUUUGAACAAAUUCUACCUAGUGGCUGGGAUUUUUAUGAUGCCAACAAGUUCCAAGACCACCUUAGCAUCCUCUUUCUCUGAAUCCUUAGCCAAGUUCUUGUGUGAGCUCAGUACAGAGUCAUCCAGCUCCACGUUGUAUAGUGGCUCAUUGGCAAACUUGGUGUAAGUUCAGCCCUUGGACACUCUUAUGCUGUGUGAGAUACUGCUUUACCACUUCUCCUUUUUAAUGCAUCCUUACCUUACUAGUACAAAUGCUUAUCUUUCACAUUAUGGGCUAGGACCAAGGUCUGGUAAGAUGAUGAUCAGUGAGGCUUUGUAGACGAGUGUUUGCAAAAUCUUGGUUUUUUUUGCAGGGUUCAUCCUUUGUUCUUUAAGGCCCUACCUGCCUCUCAAAGACUACCACAUCAGGGAGCCUGGCACAACUUGUACCUAGGGGCAAACGUGGUUCCAAUUUGUAGCAUAGCUAGGACCUUACCCGUGGCUCAUAACCAAACUAGGCCAGCAACAAAACAGUGCAUCAUUCGCACAGUUUCCUUCUCAGAUUCUAAUAAACUUUCUGGAUGCCAUGAGUUAUUUAAAAAAACAAAAAACAAACCUUUUUGUCCUUCAGUCGUUCUAGAUCGCUUAGUGCAUUCCAUUGGCACAGGAUCCUUUUCAAAGCCCAUCAUCCAGUUUAACAGGAUAUCUAUGGACUUCUUGUGGCUAAAGUUACUUCCUUAGAAAUCCAUUAGGAACAGAACAGACCUUAAAAAAUGCCCCAGCUAUGCUUGGAAGUAUGGGAGAGCUAUAGAGAACAGGUUCCUCCAUAAAAUAAUCUGUGUUUAUGAAUGAAAAGGAAUGGGGGAAUUAACAUUGAAAUUAAUAUGCUGAUGCCAUUAUUUUUUCCACGCUUAUUCCUUGAAAGGAAGGAGCAGUGAAGGACCCAAGAGACACUUUCCUGUUUGUACCCCCAUGGUUUUUAAAAUCCGAUUUCAUGAUACCUUAAAGCAGUAGCCUCCCUGGGCCGCCUAGGUUUUAACAAAUAGCGUUCAUCUCUCUCCUUCCCCAGGAAGAGGCUCUGCAGCCUGGGCAGAUGCCCUGAUCUGUUGUCUUACUCUGUGUUGCAGUCCUGUUGGGUGGAGACUAUGGAAUGCUCCUCUAACAACCUUGCUGCUAUCUUCUAUAUGCACACCAGCUCUCCAGGGGUCCUGGCCACAAGAUAUUACUAAACUAUUCCACUUCCACUAUUAAAGCAAUUCUGGCUUCAGCUCUAUGCUACUAAGGUCCUGAAGCCGCUGUACCACCACCUGAAGUCUAGAUCCUAGGGACUAGAGGGAUGUAGAAGUGUGACUGCUGACUUUUCGAACCACAGUAGCCUCCUGAUUUGAGCCAGAAUCUAUACACAACUGUAACCUCUGACUGUGGUCUCUAGUUACUGGGCAGUGUGUUGCUGAGCAGGCAGCCUCUCAGGGUUGAAGCAGACUCCCUUAGGCACUGAGAGACGCAGCAGCAGACACUCAUUAAAUAUCCAUCAGGGGGUGGAAAGUGUAAUAUUCUAGGCUCUGUUCAGUUCUUGAAGCUGCUGCUUGACUGGUCGUUUUGUAACUCUGUUAGAAUACCAAGUUCCCCCCCUUUGGAGGUGAUGAAAUCCCACUUUUCACAUGAUUUGCAGACAGGUGGACACCAGUCAUUGUCCAGCAAUUGAGUUUUCUCUGGGGAGAUGAUUCUCAUUUGCUUUCAGGCUGCAACAAAGCCUAACACACAUACAAAGCCUUGUCCAUCUCUCACAAACGCAUCACAUUUUGGUUUGGGCAGUUUGGCUUCCUUUAGUGGCUUUGUUAUUUCAGCUGCUUCUGAGCUCUGAUUUCCAGGGAGCUGCCUUUUUUAAUAUGGCUCUCUGGUUUAUUAUGCCUCCUUAAGGCUGCGUGAUAUAGUGGUUAAAGCAGAAAGCUGGGAGGUUUGUUUUUUUUCCUGGCUAGGUCAAGUCACUUAACCUGUGUGCCUCAGUGUAACUGGGAACUGAGCCGCCUCCCAGUAUAUAUCCUGCUGAAGGAUCCUAUCCAGGUUUUUUGUAAGAGUCUUUGCAAUGUUUACAAAAUGCCUCUGUAAGAGGCAAUUAGAAAAUCUAUCCCUUAAUGCCUUGCUCAAGCCCAAGUUUAUAUUAGCACUAGUGUCUCUGUGGGAAUUCUCAGAAAGCUCUAUGUAAGUAGCAUAUGCUUCCUUUCCCCCCAAAAGUGCUGUUAACCAAGUCCAUCAUUGUAGGAGCAUAAGCAAUUAAAUCCUGCCAUGCUGGAUUGCUUGUUCCUGUACUUCAGAUCACUCACUUCUUGACUGUCGCUGCCUUCAUAAAGGGCUAGCACUUGCACUGGAAUGUUGCACCAGAGCACACAGCUUUCUAACCCAAUCAGGAGCACCAGAAUCAAACCUCAGUUUUAUACACUGGAUAGAACUUUUGUGUCUGCAUAUUAGCUACUUAGAACCUUCCUGCUAACUUUUUUGGCAGAAUGGUUAAUUUUAUAAAUAGGGAAUUUAGGGUUUGGAGCUGUACAGUAAUUUGUUGCCAGCACACAGAUUGUCUGGGUGUCUUAAAUUUCAGAUCCACAAGCUAAUUAUGUUAAAUGGCGAGUUUCAGCCCUACAGCUCUCAAGUCAAUAAGUUUAGUAAACUGUAUUUCAUGUAGGGUUGUUGAAUGUCCUUAAUGGAGGGAGGUGCGGGAGGGGGACUCAGAACUUUGAAAGAAAGGGGAGGGCAGAGGGAAUGGAGGCAUAAUUACUACUUUAGUGACAAUAGUGUUCAUAUUAUCCUCUGGCAUUGCAAAAAUUUUCUAUGAAUGAAUCAUACUCUUGUGGUUGAGGGGCUAACUGAGUAGGAAAGACUCCACCCAGACUGUCUCCAAUAUGAGAAACACUCAGGUUUGUGGGUUCAUCUCCAAAUGGCUUUGCCUAAUAAAAGCACUUCAUUCUACUGAAACAAAGGCUUGUGACUUCUACUUGCUUGUUAACACCUCUGUUCAGAUUGCUGCUGUGUUUGAUUGCAACUGAACACUUGCCUUGUUACUGAAAUAUGUUGCAUUCCCAUAUUUGUGCCUGUAAUUCACCUGUCCUCUUUGUAUGCCUACCUAUUACAGUAGUCACUGUAUUCUACCUGCCUUGCAUACACACCUCAUCCACUAUGGUAUCAAACAACAUAAUAGUGUAGUUAAUGUGGAAAUAAUGAAACUGGACAGUAGAAUACAUUCCAUGUGAACUCAUUUGCACUGAAAAGGCAGUUAUUUUUGUUGUGAAACAAGCUUCCUUGUGUGUUCUGUUUUGAUGGGUGGUUAUUUAUUGAUGGGUGGGUAGGUAGGUGUCUUAAAGCCACCAGAUUCCUGUAUACAAUUCCCCCCAUUCAGCACCUUUCUGCUGAGUGUGUAGUACAUCAAGAACACAUAAAAAAUAGUCUUUCAUUAAAAAAAAAAAUUGUGUUGGAUCUCAAAGCUUCUUCCCCUUGCCAAGCUCCUUCCUAAUUUUACAGAGCACGCAACCACAAUGGCUGAGAUUUUCAAAGACGCUUAAGGGACAUGGGUAGCAAACUCAGUGGGAUUUGAGCAUCUAGCUCCCUUAAGCAGGCUUGAAAGUCUCAGACCAGCUUGUCUUUCAUAUGCUGAAGCUGCAGUACAUGUUAAUGCAAUGCUACUUUAACCAAAAAAGGCCUUAAAAUGCAAUUCUAGCCUGGAAAAUUUCUUUCUUUUUUUUUUUUUUAAAAAAAGAAACAAAAAAAAUGCCUGACUUGUCAGAUUCAGUAGGAACAGAAAUUAGAAAAACCUUUUCACCUGGAAAGAAAGCACAUUAGUUCUAGAGUGUCUGGGGCACAUUAAAUAGGAAAGCCUGUAUGCAAUUUUUAAUCACUCUUCUGAGUGGAGCCUGACUUUAAUGACACAUAAUGAAGUGCACUUUGAAUACUGACACUGCCUGAGGCUUUUUUAGUGAUAACAGCAUUUUAGAAAAAGAAACAAAAUAUCUAGUCUUGUUAGUAAUUUCAUUAUUAUUGAAUAUUUAAAGACAAGUUGGAUGGGCAAUCUUGAAACCCAAGGAUGUGUGUUUUGUACUCUGUACCAGGUCUUAGAUACAGAAAAUAUCUUGUGAAAAUUACUUUUCAAAUUUCACAUGAUGUCGGUAUGGAUAUUUCUGGAGAAUACAGCAAAGCUACCAGAAUUCUGUGCUGCAUCCUGGGGCAGGUUUCAUUCAGGGAAUUGAAGCUCUGUGCCAAAUUUGUGUAAAUUGGGAGCAGAUUGCGUCUAUUUUAUCUUUAAUGCAGAUGUAUGACCCACUGUUCCCAGCAUGCAGUUUACCAUGGUCCACAUUUUUCUAUUAAAAAUGGUGGCCAUAAACUGCAUUGUAGAACUCGGGGGUUGGGGGGGAAAUGCAUUUGGCCAGCCUUCGUGUACCAAGAGAUGACACUUUCUUGUAUGUGAUUGCAGUCUGUCAUUUUAACUAGUUUAAUUUCUAAACAUAGUUUGCAGUCAGUUCAGUUGCCUUAUUUUCAUGUUAAUACCUCCUUUUCAAGAUCAACACCGUUGGUAUCUGUAAUAUGCUUGUUAUAGGUUCUAAAAACUAUUCAGUAAAAAAACCAUGUUUUUGUCCUAAAUGCAAAUGUGUACAUGUUAAGGCCAUAGUAAAUCUUAACCAGAUUGUGAAGGGAAGCAUAGCCGCCAAAUAUGAGGGUAUUCCAUUUUUAAAAUCUCGUGCUGAGCUUUGAAAUGUAAAUGUGAUUUUUUUUUAAAAAUAGCUUUAUCAACUGAGGGAGUUUUGUAAAACAAACAAACAUUUUGUGAAAUUCUCCACUACAAUAACUGUUUUGUAUUAUAAGCUGCUUCUGGACCUUUUAUAUAUAUCCUGGUUGCUUUGUCUGACUUCGUAAUUGUUCGGUAAACGUUUUUUAACUUAUUGCAAAAAAAAUUUCUGUAAUGAAGCUAAAUCCUAAGACAUGUGAACAUCAUUGUUUUUCAAUAAAGUUGACACUGCAGUAAAUGA